GUUGAAUCAUCUCAGCAUGAAUUGGACUUUAGUACAACGCUUAUCAUAAUAAUAAUCACUUUGAAGUUUACAAAGACAUACCCAAAACAAAUCGACAAUGUCAAAAUAUGUACCUACUUUCAUUUUAAUUUAAUUUUCAUUUUCAUUUUCAACUUGGUAAUAGGCAGACCAACUUGAAAAUAAAUCCUGGCUGAAUUAAAUUUUCUUAAAAAUGUUCCCAACUAUGCACAAAAUUCUUCUGCAAGUUCUCGCUUUUCCACUAUUCUUAAUAUUUGGUCCAAUAUUUCGAAUAUGGAGAUAUAUCUCUUUAGAAAGUGAAUUUUGGUUGGAAACAAGCUUAAAGCGACAUGAAGAAGAGGUUGCAAAAAUUGUUGAGCAGGUCAAGGUUUGGAUAAAGAGUGGACGGGGGACGAAAAUGACGACUGCUCGGCCAGGAUGGAAAAGCAUUUCUGUCACGAAAACGGACAAAUCAAAGUAUUUUCAAGUUCAUGUCGGGCUCGAUCGAAUUAUUUUAUUGGGGGAAAAGGAAGAAUCUAUCACAGUCGAGCCUGGCGUGAUGAUUGGUCAAUUGUCUCGCUAUCUCUUCAAAAGGGGGUGGACCACCCCCAUCGUACCAGAAUUGGACUCACUUUCAAUUGGUGGAUUAAUCUGUGGCGUGGGGAUUGAGUCCAGUUCUCAUAAACGAGGUCUUUUUCACGAGACGGUGCUCUCGUAUGAAAUUGUGCUUGCAGACGGAAGUGUCGUCAAAUGUUCCGAGGACAAGGAGUCGGACUUAUUUCACGUCAUACCCGGGUCAUUCGCAACGAUUGGAUUCUUAACUGCGGUCACAAUCCCGCUAAUCCCUGCAAAGCGCUUCGUGAAGCUAAACUACCGACCAACUUCCUCCAUCGCCGGACUGAACUCUCUUUUAAAAAGUGAACCCAAUCACGACUUUGUUGAAGGCUUAGCUUUCUCCAAGAAUGAAAUCGCCGUCAUGUUCGGCGACAUGGUUGACACAGUCGCACCCGGCAAAAGUGUAAACUACAUCAAUCGUUGGUACAAACCUUUCUUCCAUGAUCACGCCCACUCGAUUCUGAAGAAGGGGCAUGACUCGUUUGUCGAAUACGUUCCACUGAUCGACUACUAUCAUCGUCAUUCCAAAGGAAUUUUCUGGGUUAUUCCAGGAACUACCUCUUUUACGAGUUAUUCCGCAUUCAUGUUCUUUUUUGGAUGGACCCUCACUCCGCACAUUCCUUCCCAAAGACUAUUGCCGGUCACUUUGUGGAAAUUUUUCAGUUCUGGAAAUGUGGUUCAGGAUUAUAUUCUUCCUAUGAAAAACGCGCAAAAGUUUUUUGAUAAGGCGGACGGAAUUUUAAAGAUCUACCCAGUCUGGCUGUGCCCUGUGGAACUGAAGAAAAAUAAAACCAUGUUUCGUUCCCAGGGGGACGGCGAUUAUCUUGACAUUGGAUAUUACGGACAUCCCGCGGCUGCUAAUUUUCACCCCGUAGGAACGUUACAAGAUUUGGAGAAAGAGUGCAUCGCGAAUGACGGGUUUCAAUUGUUGUACGCUGAGAGUUUCAUGUCACGGGAACAAUUUCGCGAUAUGUUUGACACGACGACCUAUGACAAAGUGAGAGAAAGUUACGAAUGUUCUGCCGCUUUCCCGGACGUUUAUGAUAAGGUUGGUCCCAAGGCGAGAAAUUUCUUGACUAGUAAGGAUUAAAGGUAUAUUAAAAUAUAUGAAAAAAAACAUGAAAAAUUUGCAUAAUCUUUAAUAGUCAAGGUUACAUACAUAACAUAAACUCGAUGGUAUGAGAUUCUAGUAAUGAUCAGUAAAAUUCAAUCGCCGUAAAUCUAGUUUUCGCCCCUAUUUAAUUUGAACUUGAACCAUACCAAAUAUAAUGCAUAAUAUGCAUUGCAUAUUAAAUAAAUACUUAUUGGUUAAUGAAACCUUAGAAAUUGCGUGCCUUUAAAUAAAAGUGUUUCAUCAAUUGUUAGUGGUACUCAUUCAUGCAUAAUUAAUUAACAAAUUAGUCCUUCGUAUUUCUUUGUCAAAAAUUCUGAAGCACAGACUCCACCCGACAAAUAUCACCCACAUCCGGUGAGCCUCUUCAUUUAAAUCAUGUCUUAUCCAUCUUCUUCCCAACUUUCAAGUCAAUAGGGUCUUAAGUUUUCUCAGACCUGGUAAAGUAAUUUCAAAGUUACAGUAAUUUCAAAGUUAAAUGGACGAAUUGUAACCUUGUUUAUAUUGUGCGGGGUCAUUGGAAUGAUUGGGGUUGCGUCUCUUGUUUUAGAAAAUUACAGGAGCAUAAAAACAUGUUUAAAAUCAUAUUGGACGAAUUUGGACAAAUUGACUUCGCCUUGUAAAUUUGCAUCGAACAAUGCUUUAAAGAUUAUAGGACGUGGUAAUUUAAAUAUGUAGCAUUCUAAAACUUUUAUUGAUAUGCAUGUAUAUGGACUUUAGCAGUGAAAAAUGGAGUCCAUUUUUGGUACGAUAUUCUAUACACUGCAUGUAAAUAUUUCGAAAUAUGUAAUCACCUUAGUACAACUUGACACAAAAGCAAGGCCAUAAGACGGUUUUGACCAAGGAUUAAUAAAUAUGUAAAUAAAUGCAGACGGACGGACGUAUGAUUGCUGAAUUGCGCAUUAAGUUUAAUGUGUCGAUACUCUUGAGGGAAAAUAAAUACAGAUUUUGCAAUAUUC